GAGCGGAGAGAAUAUAUAGUACGACACCGGCCGUAUAUGCGGAUAAUAAGGUCAAGUUCUCCGUAUACAUAUACACAAGACCACGCUCAUAAGUCGUGACCUACCCAUCGCGCCCUGCACUCCCCUAUUGCGAUGGGGAACGUUAACAGCGGACUUUUCCUCCAUGGCGAGUGCCAGUCCGAGACGUCGUCGACCUGCUCCACUGAGAGCGCCAUGUCGGCCCACAAUUUCGUGGUGCGCGAUUACCCGCUGCUUGAGGGCAUUGGUGCCGGCGAGUUUGUCAGCUCGAGCACGUUCAGCGUCGGCGGCUACGCGUGGACGAUCAAGUUCUACCCCGACGGGGAGCAGAAAGACAAAUCUAGCGACAUGACCUCCUGUUAUCUGUAUUGCACCAGCAAAGCGAACAACGUGAGGACGCGCUUCUCCUUGGACGUGGUGGAGAAAUUAGACGUGUUAAACAUUUUAACAGAUACGUAUAUUGCAUAUGCGUUACAUAUUUUGGAUGACAAGCUAGGUAGUUAGAGAUAGAGUUGUUUUAUUAUUCUAACUCCUUAUCUCUUCUCCCUAUCCCGCAUAUAUCUCUGGGGUUCGUUCUAUCGAUCCCUCUCUCUGUAACGCCACGAGACGUCUCUCGUAAGACAUCAAUAAAUACCUGCGGCUCUCCCUGUUUUGGAGAGUAGGAACGCUUCCAUAUUUCACAU